AUGACAGACAAACUCGCUCCAAGCAGCCAGCCUCGUUACGAGCCUGUUAGCUCAGACGAACAAGUUCCGUAUCCCUCAUCACAAUCGAUAUCGGCAGGACACGGCAAAGGAAAUGUCACUUUAUUUUCUGCCGAGGGCCUAGAGCAGCAGGCAACGAGAGUGAAACCAGAAGGUUGGCGUUUAAACACGAUCCUCAAGAAAUGGCGCAUGCAAAUCUUUGACUUUUCGGCACGCAAGAGAAGGAAACGCCAGGUGCCUAUUGUCAAAGAUCGUUUCACGGCUAUACUGACCGCUCUGGUACACUUGCCAGCUAUUGCCGGUAUUAUCACCUUGAGCUUUUACAUCUUCAAGAAUUACUAUGUCGAUAAAGAGCUCGAAGGGAAGCCUAACUACGAUGUUGAGAAGAAAUUGGGAAUUCAACUUGCAGCGAAGCUCAUGGAGAUGUUUAUCGUACUGUCUCUUAAUGCAAUCGUCUUUUCCAUGAUUCGACACGAAUUCACAAUUGGACAGUCUGUGCCAUACGGUGCUUUAGUAGCUGGGCAACAAAUAUCCGAGAUCAGCUUCUUGUGGUCCCAGGAGUUUUUUUCUAUUCUCAAAGGAAAAUUCUCUCAAACAUGGAAGAAGAUUGGUUUCAUUCUCACUGUCUUUGUCUGUACCAUCAUGGCGCUAGGAGCCUCUUCCCUCAGUGCUGUUGCGAUGAUGCCCCAAGAAGGCGAUUGGAGAGCCGGAGGGAGUUUUGUGUACUUCAACGGUACUCGGGAGGAGAUGUUCCCGGCGGUCGUCACAGAAGAUCACACCAUCGGAUCUGCCUGCAACGUCACCGGAAACGAGCUGUGUCCCUCUUGGCAGUGGGAUGUGAUCAACAGCCAGCUGAUUUCCAAGAUCCGCCUAUCAGGCGAGGUGGACAACGGUUUAUUCAUCAGACGACCCCCCAACGAGAUCCUAGUAGCUGGAUAUUCAUCGACACUAGUCAAUCUGAUGGUUGAUAUCAGAGAGAAGUGGUUUAAUCUGAACAGUCCCAACCACACAGUUGCCAGGAUGCCGCAUCUUGGACCGGCCGAGGCUUGCGUCACAACAUCAUUGCACUGGGAACAGGCUGCGGAUGAUUCUGCUAAGAGACGCCAAACCCGUUUCAACAACUUCCAGAAGGUUGCGCACAAACUUACUGCGCCUGUGCCUAUGACUAACACUAGGCGUGAGCUGACAUCUGUCAGAUACGCCAAAGCCAAGACGUUGCUGUUUCCCGAUUUUGUCACAUUUCCCCCUACAAAUCUGGACGUGGAAAGAGACUUUAUCAACGACUGGUUGUCGGAUACUCUCACUGACUUGAAGAAACCCGAAGUGCUGUGGUUCGACUCGGCGCCUGUCAUUGCAAACACAUCCGUGGGUGUGGUAGUGGCUGUACCUUCCAACAAGUCAGAAGAAAUAGCCGAUGUAUACGGUUGUAUGAUCGAUGCUAGAUGGGUUACCACAGAUUUGAGUGGUGAUGCAGUAGCGUUGACCAGCAAGGGAUAUCCGCCGUUCUCAGGUCCGAUUGCCACCUCACUCGGAGGUUCGUGGAUCGGCAACCCGGGCUAUGGUCAGCGCGUUCAUCUAGCACCUAGCUUUGCCAAGUAUCUCAAUCCUCUGGACAUAGGAAGCAAUCGGACCAUCAUCCACGAAAUGCUCAUCAACAGUGGUGUAUGGACGCCUAAUGGUGAUGGAUCAAAGUCUACGGCUCAUUUGGAGGCGAUAAUUGGAGCAUUAGCAGCUAAUGGCUUGGGACGUUCGACCCCGAACAUCACUGCCAUCACCACGUUAGCUAAUCCUAAUGGCGAAUGGUGGAAGAGUUUCAUGCCCCAGGACAGCAAAGUGUUUGGUCCUGGAGGGAGUCCUUAUGCCGUGUCAGACGAGGACAAAAAGCGUUUCUUUGGCACCGAAAUGGAGACAUGGGUGACUGGGUUUGCAUUUGCAGAUAACAGUUUGACUAUGCGGGGAGCAAUGGCCGUUUUUUACGUCUACGCACUUUUGGUUAUAGCAUAUUCGAUGUGGUCCAUAUGGUCAGGAAUAACAUCGUCUUCGUGGGAAUCUGUGCCUGACCUUCUUGCUCUUGCACUUGCAGAUCGAGAGUCGGGACUCAACUCAGCAAACCUCGGUGGCGGAGGCUUGGAUGUCAUGAAGGAAAAUUUCUGUAUCUCUGUGGAUGGGAGUACCCUGAGACUCCGGUCUUCCAACGGAUUGGUGGCGCCUGAGAACCGGGUGAAACCUAAUGAGGUUUACAACUAA